AUGCCCUUUAACCCGGAAACUGUCGACCGCCUGCGGGCCAUCGUGGAUGGGGCUUGUGCCGACCCCAGUACUGGGGUCCCUGGAACGACCGUGGUCGUCGUGGGAAAGGAUGGCAAGGAGCUCUUCGCCCACUCUGCAGGCAAGCGAGGCGUCUCAUCGAAUGAACCGAUGACUCUCGAAAACAUCUUUUGGGUCGCGUCGUGCACUAAGAUGUUGACAGGCGUAGCAUGUAUGCAGUUGGUUGAGCGAGGACUUCUCACACUUGACGAUGGAGUGCAGCUUGAAGAUAUUUGUCCUGAGCUAAAAACCCUUAAGGUUCUUAAACCUGAUGGGACGUUUGAGGAAAAGAGAAAUCGUAUAACCCUGCGCAUGUUGCUCACUCACACUGCCGGCUUCGGCUACUCGUUCUUCAAUGAACGGCUUCGUGACUGGGGUUUCCCAGCCGGAGUGGAUGAAUUCUCUGGUCGGGUUGAGGACAUGAUGACACCGUUGCUAUUCCAGCCUGGUGAAGGUUGGGAAUAUGGUGUUAAUCUCGAUUGGGCCGGCAUCGCGUUGGAACGUGUGACCGGUUUGACGCUCAAUGAUUACCUCCAGAAGAAUAUCAUUCAGCCGCUCGGCCUGAAGGACAUGAACAUGUUCCCGUCCCCUUCCAUGCGGUCUAGGCUGGCAUACAUGCACUCCAGGGAAUCAGACGGUACGCUCCGGCCAAGAGACCACCUCCACCGUGCGCCCUUGGUCGUGGACCUAGACGACAAGGCCGAAGUUGCUCGGAUUUUCAAUAGCGGCGGGGCUGGCAUGUUCGCCAAGCCGCAGGAGUAUGUUAAGGUACUCGCCGUUCUGUUAAAUGACGGCACUUGCCCGCGAACCGGGGUCCAGAUUCUACAGAAGGAAACGGUCGAUGUCAUGUUCGCCAACAACAUACCCAAAUUCCCCGACUUUGGCCGGCAGGGGAUUCCGGCAGCGAAGCCGGACCUAACAGGGGCCAUUCCCGAAAUUUAUCCCGUGGAGGGACGGCCGCCCCAGGGAUGGGGAUUGACGUUUAUGCUUACCAAUGGUGGACCAACGGGACGCUCUCGGAGUACGGCAAUGUGGGCCGGUCUUGCGAAUCUUUGGUGGUGGUGCGAUCGAGAGAAGGGUGUUGCGGGUAUGGUCUGUACUCAGAUUCUUCCCUUCGCAGAUCUUAAGGUGUUGGGGAUGUGGUUUGAGCUCGAGGCGGAGGUGUAUAAGGCGCUGUCCUGA